CGGGAGGGGGCGGGUUCUGUUUUCUCAGGCAGAGUGCGAGUGCGCGCCUGGAGUUCACGUGACCGGCCUUCCAACGAGCACGCGCUUUAGUUGAGGUUGGUCCGCUCCAGUGAGGCAGUUGCGUUGUCGUGAAUUGUAAGGAACCAGCCGGCGCCAUGUACCGAGCCUUAUACGCUUUCCGCUCCCCAGAGGUCAAUUCGUUGCUGUUCGGAGCCGGCGAGAGUUUCCUGAUCCUGGAGAAGUCCAACCAACACUGGUGGCUGGCGAGUCGCUGCAGCAGCGGAGAGACGGGAUACGUGCCGGCCUCGUACUUAGAGCGCAUCCAGGUCCAAGAACAAGAUGUGGUCCUGCAGUCAAUUGACAGAGCGAUUGAAACAAUCCAUAAUGCAGCUAUGAAGAAUGGAGGGAAAUACAACCUAGAGCAGCGAGAUGUACUGCAGAAGCUUAUACAUCAUCGUAAAGAGACAGAAACAAGAAAGAACCACUCGCCAUCCGCUCAGUCUGAUUCCAUCACUGCUUCCUCCAGUGAGCACCACUUGGAUACGGCACGGCAUUCUAAUGGGGUUUGCCGGACAGAACGUCACAUGAGCUUGCCGAAUCCAGAGUUCCAGUUAGAGGAGAGCAACCUUUAUCAGAUUCCCCCACAGCCAAGACGAGCUGCUCCGAUCGCUCCUCCGCCCCCCGAGAAGCAGAAGAAUCUGCAGAAUGCCCUCUGUACUAAAAGUAUCAUUGACAAGUCAUCAAGGCCUAUGUCCAACGCUUCCAACUCAAGUAUAUCAUCUCUUGACACACUUUGCACUUCAUCCACAGACUCUGUUCAUACAACUUCCAGUCCAUGCAAUACUCCACCCCCUGUCCCUACAAGGAGCGCACAUACUAGAGUGUCCCAGGUUGUAGACCCCAGUAACACUUCAGCCACCGCUGUUCCAAAUUCUCACACUAAGCAAGCGGCCCCAGGACCCCCUACUCAAAUACAGAAUGCAUGUGAGAGCGGCCAGACUACACAAACUAAAAGGAAUGCUCCAGCUCCCCCUCCCAAUGUUGAGGCCUUUAAUUCCAUCAGCAGUGAUACCAAAGUUAAAGCCUCUUUGAAGUCUGCUGCACCUGAAUCCCCAACCCAUGAUGCUAUAACUGUUCCGAAAACUAUUGCUGCAGAGCUUAUUGAAAUGGUCCGCAAGAACACCAACCUUAGCUAUGAACUUUCCCGGGUGGCAAUUGGUGUGAUCGUUGGACACAUUCAGGCUUCUGUCCCAUCCACUGCUUCAGCCAUGGAGCAGAUACUGGUCUCUCUGGUGGAAAGCAAGGAUUCGGGCUCGGGAUUACCUUCGGGGCAGGUUUGCCAUGAUGAGCAGCGCAUGGAAGUGAUAUUUGCCGAUCUGGCCAGACACAAAGAUGACGCUCAGCAACGCAGCUGGGCCCUGUACGAAGAUGAAAAUGUGAUUCUUUGUUACCUGGAGGAGUUGCUCCUGAUACUGACAGAUGCUGACCCAGAAGUGUGCAAGAAGAUGUGCAAGAGGAACCAGUUUGAGGCCGUUCUUUCCCUUGUGGCUUAUUAUCAAAUGGAGCACCGAGUGUCAUUACGGCUGCUGCUGUUGAAGUGUUUCGGUGCCAUGUGCAAUCUGGAUGCAUCAAUUAUUUCUGCUCUUGUUAACUCCGUCCUUCCCAUGGAGCUAGCGCUUGACAUGCAGACGCAUACUCAGGAACAUCAGAAGAUGUGUUACUCUGCACUGGUUCUAGCAAUGAUCUUCUCCAUGGGAGAGCCUCUUCCAUAUCACCAUUAUGAGCAUCUGAACUCCCAGUUUGUCCAGUUCCUGCUGGAAGUGAUCGAAGCCGGCCUGCCGUCCGACAUUACCGAGCAGUUACCCGACCUGUUUAUAAAUGUGAUUUUGGCUUUUAACUUGCACAUAUCAGUUCCAGCAAACAACAUUAUCAUGAAAACCUUGGUCAAGCAAUCCAACGUAAAGGUGUUUACAGAAAAGUUGCUGUUACUUUUUAACAGAGGAGACGACCCAGUUUCUAUCUUCAAGCAUCAGCCUCAGCCCCCAAACUCCGUUCUGAAGAUCCUCCAAGAUGUUUUCGCCAGUGAGGCCACAGCUCAUCUCUUCUACCACACAGACAUGAUGGUUAUGAUCGAUAUAAUAGUACGGCAGAUUGCCGACCUGUCGCCGGGGGACAAGCUACGGAUGGAGUACCUGUCACUCAUGCACGCCAUCGUUCACUCCACCGAUUACCUUCAGCACGCACACCGCAAGACCGACCUUCAUGGAAUUCUGCAACGUAUCCUAUCUGAAGAAGAGGCAGAGCCUCACUGCCAGAUGGAUAAAAUCAUUAUACGGGAAAUAUACAAGGAGUUCCCUCAGAUGGCUCCACAGGCUAGCUAAAUAAUCACUAACUGGAUUCAAUUAGAAAAUAGACAUCUCUGUACUAACCUCAUUAAUUCUCUUCUCCAUACGGCUCUUUGGCUAGUGCUCGACUGCAGCUCCUUAAAAGGGCCAACAAAGAAUGCUGGGAGUUGCCUCUCUAAUUCGACUAGAGAUAGGUAGGUUGGGCGUCUCUUGCAUUAAGUGUUUACAUUCCCAUUCCUAUAAUUGCUUCUCUAAAAAAAAGCCCUGAUCGUUAACUCAGAUUUUUGUUAAACUAUUGACAGAUAGUGCUGCUAUGUCAAGUUAGAGAAUCCUCUUCAAACACUGAUAUCAAUUUCUUUAAAAGGGAUCAGCAGCAUUUGGCCAUCUUGUUUUGCCACCACUCCCGUGCAGAUUGCUUGUUUCCCUUCUAAACUAUAGUCGUUUCAUAUAGAAACCAAGAGGGGGCGUUUUUAAACUAGACCGUAAAUGAGACUUGUAAAAAGGGAACCCAAACUAAAGUGGAUGCUUACAUUUUUUUCAAAAGAAGCUUAAGCUCCAUCAUCCCAACUGGUUGUUGGGCCUUUCAGAGCUUUCCAAUCAGUUUGUAAAGUGGAAUAACUUCAAAACCACAAGCGACACGUUAUGUAACCAAGUUAAUAUCAGUGAUUUAACAUGUGCACAGGUCACUUGUAACCCUACCUACCUUGCCCUUCUCCUCCCGACCAUGGGGUCUGCCUCCUCAUUAGUUACAACGAUGUUACAACAUGAGUAGGUUGGCAGCAAAACAUCCACUAGAGUUUUUGGAAUUUGCUUUUACAGUAUUACACAGAGAAUCGUUUCCAUUCUCACGUGAGCACUUGCAAUUAGGGAUAUUUCUGCUGACAACACUGUGAAUGGGAAACUGAUCGGAGAAUUACAGGCUCUACCUAAAAUAUUCUGCAUGGGUCUGGUUUUCUAUUGGCUUAGAAUGCGCAUGCAGAGCUUCAUGUAGAAACCACGGCUCAAAAGCCCAGAAUAUACAUCAUUGCUCCCUGGGCAGACUCUACCCCCUACCCAACAUAUUUAUUUUGAUAACAUAGAUUUCUGGGUAAUAUCUUAUAGUAUUUUCAAUAGUAUCUGCUGGGGAUCUGACUUUAUUAAUAAAGAUUCAGCUAAAAUAAAAGAAAAAAACUUUUACUAAA